AGGCCUCCCUGCCACACUGAUCGAGCUCCACUGCAUUGCUUGCGAUCGCGUCGCGUCGGGUGCACACUGCACUUAGGCAGUCGCUAGCUAGCGGUAGCGAUCACCAUGCAGGCCAUGCGGAGGCUCGUGCGCGUGCUCGUGGUGCUCGGCGUGGCCGCCGCCACGGCGUCGGCGCAGCAGGGCCCCACGGCGGCGCCGGCGACGCCCACGCCCACGACGCCAGCGACCCCAGCGGCACCGGCCACGCCGACGCCGGCGACCCCAGCGGCGCCGGCGCCGGUGGCCGGGACGACCAACAUCACCAGCAUUCUUGCCAAGGGCGGGCAGUUCAACACCUUCAUCCGGCUGCUCAAGUCCACGGGCAUGGCGUCGCAGAUCGACAACCAGCUCCAGAACAACGGCAACGGGCUGACGGUGUUCGCGCCCACGGACAACGCCUUCACCUCCCUCCCCUCCGGCACGCUCAACUCCCUCUCCGACCAGGAGAAGAACGCGCUGGUCCAGUACCACGUCGUCUCCACCGCCAUCCCCAAGUCCCAGUUCGACACCGUCAGCAACCCGCUCCGGACGCAGGCCGGCAGCGCCUCGCCGGGGGAGUACCCGCUCAACAUCACCUCCGAUGGCAACCAGCAGGCGAACAUCUCCACGGGGGUCGUCAACGCCACGGUCGACAACGACCUCUACUCCGGCGACAACCUCGUCGUCUACCAGGUCAACAAGGUGCUGCUGCCGGCGAAGCUCUUCGGCCCGGCCGUGGCCCCCGCGCCCGCGCCGCUCGCGCCGGCCAAGAAGAAGGGCAAGACGCCGGCAUCGGUUGCGGACUCGCCCGAGGCGGCCGAGGCGUCACCGGACGCGACCGCGUCGCUCGCCGCGGCGAGGGUGACGAGGGGUGGCCUCGCGGCGGCUCUUCUUGCGCUGGCCGGCGUGUGGUGGGGGCUGUAGUGACGGGCUGACGGCGACGAGAGUGUGAGGUCUCCAUGACGUCAUCCAUGCCAUCUUUUUGUAUACUUUUUUUUUGUUUGCAGGUCUUGUCGGUCUUUUCGUUUCGCUUUUACUUUGGCCAUUUUUUGGAUGAAUUGUUUCUUCCUUGCCAUUGCAAUUGCUAGGAGUAUUGUCGUGUAAUGUUGUCGUUCCAUUUUUAUGUAAUUCUACUAAAUAACAAAUAUGAGUUGUGUAUAUUUCAGUACCCCGUUGUAUUUAAUUAUCUUAUCAGGGUUUUAUUCAGAAACGUGAAAACACUAGUU